UAGACUGUGUGUGAGCAAUGAAUGCGGGCGAGAACUUUCCGUUCUGCAGGGAUCCCCUUUGAGACCCAAAGGUCAGUGAGGUCGCGAUAGUGAGAGAUGCUUGGACUGUAGUUGGGCUAAGUCGUGCCCACAGCUCAAAGAGAUAAGGAAAUCGUUGCAGAGUCUGCAUCUCCGCCCUCGAUCCUUGCCUCCCAGGGACGCAGGGUUUCGUUCUCUUCCUCCACUCCCCGCUCCACCCCCUUUUCUCGUCCACUCCCUUCCCUAAACACGCCUCUCAUCCACACCCUAGUUCAGGAGAGCGGGCCAUUUUCUGCACUCUGCAAAUCCCUCACAAAUCUGAGCAAGUUGUCUGGGGAGUUGGUUGGGGGGAACCAGAAUCAAGGAAGGUUCAGAGAUUCCCGUCGUAGCCCCCGCGUAUGCGGUUACCAAGGUUACCAAGGCAACUGGGCGGCACCAGCGCGAGCUGGAAGGCGGCGUACGUCGAAUUUUUGUAGGCUAGCCUGGGAGACUUGAGGAGUCGCUUUCCCUGAGCUUCCAGUCCCAGAGACCACGGCCUCUGCUCCAGGCGGUAACCCUUACCCUGGGGGCCAUGGGUCGGAUCUCGGGACUCGUGCCCUCUCGCUUUCUGACGCUCCUGGCGCAUUUGGUGGUCGUCAUCACCUUAUUUUGGUCGCGGGACAGCAACAUCCAGGCCUGCCUGCCUCUCAAGUUCACCCCCGAGGAGUAUGAAAAGCAGGACAUGCAGCUGGUGGCAGCGCUCUCUGUCACCCUGGCCCUCUUUGCAGUGGAGCUGGCUGGUUUCUUCUCAGGAGUUUCCAUGUUCAACAGCACCCAGAGCCUCAUCUCCAUUGGGGCUCACUGUAGUGCAUCUGUGGCCCUAUCCUUCUUCAUAUUUGAGCGUUGGGAGUGCACCACGUACUGGUACAUUUUUGUCUUCUGCAGUGCCAUCCCAGCCAUCACCGAAAUAGCAUUAUUCAUCAGCGUCUUUGGGCUGAAAAAGAAACCUUUCUGAUACCUUCGUGACUGGAAGUAGGGAUGAAGGCUGGAGAAGCGAGGGACCACUCACCGUUCCUGGAAGAAGGAAACCAUAGGCUUCAACUCUCCCCCUAAAACUGCAUUUGGUGGAGGAUGUCAGUGUUAGUGUUAGGGUAAUUGUCUCUCGAGUCUGGAGUUAUGAGUUUUGUUUACAGUUCUUUGUAAAAAAAUAUAUUUUAGGGUAAGAUCAAGACUUAUAGGAAUUCCCUGGCGGUACAGCAGUGGUUAGGACUCCGCGCUUCCACUGUAGGGGGCGCGGGUUCGAUCCCUGGUCGGGGAACUAAGAUCCCGCAUGCCGCGCAGAGUGACCAAAAAAAAAAAAAAAGAAAGAUCAAGACAUAAAAAUUUCAGGAGAGAAUUGGGGUGGCCAAUCUACUAUAGAAACGGAACAGCUUUUCACUCUAAGAUACUAUAUGUCGCUUUUAUUUUGGUUAUUACGGUAGAUUUCUGGCGGAAGGGAGUGGGCAGGGAUAUGUAAAUAAAGUGAGGCGGCCGGGUGGGACAGCCAGCUCGUAAGUGAGUGGAGCAUUCUGGGAGGAAUUAGCCUUUGUUUUUUUGACGCUAAAUGCAAAAAUAUAUUUUAUAACAUCUGCAAAUAAAUGUAGCAACAGAAAUGGAAGAACCUAGAUAGCUUUAGGUUGCUCGGGCUAACGUGUUGGGUUCUCACCCUCGAUCAUAGUGGAAUCUUUUUACCAGAGUACGGAAUGCCCCACAAUAUUCUGUAUCGUCAGGUAGGAUAAUCCUUACCUGUUUCUCCUUUUGGAGAACAGAAUGGAAUAUGAUGAUUGGAGCUCGCAUGAUUUCGUGAUUAACGGCUGUGCGUAAUCGGGACUUGCAACAUCCUGAUUGCUCCUUUCUGAUUCUUUCUGACGAUCGUGU